AUUAGGAUUUGGGAGUGACGAGGAUAUGAAAGCUAGUUUAUCCCGCUUUCCUUUGCAACGAAUAUUGUUUAGAUGAACUAGAUUAGUUUGCUAAAUUAUAGGGAGAAAUGAUUCUCACUGUUUAGAAACGGAAAGGAUACAGAAGGGGUAUUUGAGCGUCCUCGGAAUUCAUCUCCCAGGAUUGAGGCGUCCUCCAAAUUGGGAUAAUUUUGAGGAAGUUCUUUGUAUUCAGGGAUCCGCUGAUAAGAAGACGUUAAACAUGGACUGGGGAACGGAUCUCUGGGACCAAUAUGACAUCAUCGACAAGCACACGCAAUCCGGGCUGGAACUGGUAGAGAAGUAUGUCAAGUUUGUGAAGGAGAGGACGGAGAUAGAGCAGAACUAUGCCAAGCAGCUGAGAAAUCUAACAAAGAAAUACAAUCCUAAACGAGGCUGUAAAGAGGAACAGGAAUGCAGGUUCUCCAACCACCAGUCCUUCCUGGACAUCCUGAAUGAGAUGAACGACUACGCAGGACAGAGGGAGCUGAUUGCUGAGAACAUGAUGAUGAACAUCUGCAUCGAAAUCACCAAGUACCUGCAGGAGCUCAAGAUGGAGCGUAAGACGCAUCUGUCGGAGGCCAAGAAAGCCCAGCAGAGUUUGGAGAGCACCUAUAAGCAGCUCGACUGUAGUAAGAAACGUUUUGAGAGGGAGUGGCGGGAAGCAGACAAAGCUGCUCAAUAUGCCGAGAAAACUGACCAGGACAUCAACGCCACCAAGGCCGACGUCGAGAAGGCCAAACAGCAGGCCAACAUGAGGACACACAUAGCGGAGGAGUGUAAGAACGACUAUGCAGCCCAGCUGCAGAAAUACAACAAGGAGCAGAGCCAGUUCUACUUCAGCGACAUGCCUCUCAUCUUCAACAAACUCCAGGAUAUGGAUGAGAGGCGGGUGAGGAAGCUGGCGCAGGGCUACGUCUUGUUCUCAGACACGGAGAGGCACGUGAUGCCCAUUAUCGGGAAGUGUCUGGAGGGCGUCACCAAAGCGGGCACUAAUGUCAACGAGAGGAAUGACUCCAUAGCUCUUAUAGAGCAGUACAAGUCAGGCUUUGAGCGUCCUGGGGACCUGGACUUUGAGGACUACAGUCAGGGCAUCAACCGUGCCUCCUCAGACAGCAGCCUGGGCACCCUCGGUACACCCAAAGGCCCCCUGGAGCUGCUGGGCAAGAACAGGAGCAAACCGUUCUGGCUGUUCAGCAAGAAGAGUAAGGUAGGCUGCUAGUACCACGCCUCCUCGCAGACACAAUGACUAGUUUACACUCCCUGGUACAGCCCACUCCCAUGACUCAGUUCUGACUAGCUGAGUGACUUUCUGAGUUGGGAAGAGACAUUAUUAUCCUAAUCUACAAUUCAUGCCCACUUCAGGUUAUUUCCCUCCUAUGAAAGAGUGGAUUUCUUAGUGUUUGAAAUGAUCAGUGCUCCAAGGUGCAGGUAGAUCAACCGUGAGCAGUGUGUGUCAGUGUUGAGGCAGAGGGGCUGAAUCAGGGAGACAAGAGUCUGGGAACGUCCCUCUGGGGACCACUUCUAUCACUAUGGUUCUGAAGCUGUGGUCUCACACACAAUCUUUCCUGUUCCCAGAGCUCUGCAUGUACAUACUGCAUGGCUCCCCUCUCUCU